GUAGCAUGGUGCACCAGCCAGGGGGAAGCAGGCAUUCUGUAUUGUGGGCAGUCAGGAGCUCUGGCUUGUGCUGGAAGUUCAGAGACCAGAUGUCCCACCCAACCCUCAUCCCUUCCCAGAGUGAUUACAGCAAGUUCACAAUGGCCCACCUGCUGCCAUUCCCCUCUUGCUCCUUAGCAACAGGAGGGCUGGGAGAGGGGCUUUUCUAGAAGAGACUGUCAGGGGGAAAGUGGAUUGAAAGUGAGGGGAAGGUGAAGUCAGUUAUUACUGUCAUCUCACCUGACGGGUCAGGCCUUGGGUCAGGGCCACCUUGCUUGGCUGAGUCAAUAGGGCCAGAGACCGAUUGGUGGGAUAAGAGCCAAAUAUUGCCAGAGAGGUGCUGCUUCUUCAUAAAGAGAAGAGGAGAGGCUCAGAGUUCCGCAUGAGUUUCAGGACCAUGGCCAAGAAGAGUGGAAUCCUUGUUUGGGGGAUCCUGCUGUGCAUCUCCAGCUGUCUUGCCCUCUAUGAGAACCUUGUCAAGUGUUUCCAGGAUCCCGAUUAUGAGGCCUUCCUUCUCAUAGCCCAGAAUGGGCUCCAUACCUCCCCACUGUCCAAGCGUGUGGUGGUAGUGGGAGCUGGCAUGGCAGGCCUAGUGGCAGCUAAGACCCUACAGGAUGCCGGUCACGAGGUAACCAUCUUGGAGGCCAGCAACCACAUUGGAGGUAGGGUGGUCACACUCAGAAACAAGGAGGAAGGCUGGUACUUAGAACUUGGACCAAUGCGAAUCCCAGAAAGCCACAAGCUAAUCCACACCUAUGUCCAGAAGCUUGGCCUGAAACUGAAUAAGUUCAACCAGUAUGAUAGCAACACCUGGUACCUACUCAAUGGACAACGCUAUCGUGCCUCAGAAGUCAUGGCUAACCCAGGAAUCUUGGGCUACCCCCUGAGGCCCUCAGAGAAGAACAAAACUGUCACAGACCUGUUCUACCAAGCCAUCACGAAGAUCAAACCACAUAGGAAGAUAUCCAAUUGCAGCCAGCUGCUCUCCCUUUAUGACUCUUACUCCACCAAGGCUUACCUGAUGAAGGAAGGAACACUGAGCAAAGGGGCCAUCGAGAUGAUCGGGGAUAUAAUGAAUGAGAAUGCUGGCUACUAUAAGUCCCUCCUGGAGUCCCUGAGGAUUGCAAGCAUCUUCUCCAAAAGUGACCAAUUUUCAGAGAUCACCGGUGGCUUUGACCAACUCCCCAAUGGCCUCAGUGCUAGCCUGAAGCCUGGCACCAUCCGUCUGGGGUCCAAAGUAGAAAGAGUGGUGAGAGACGGGCCCAAGGUUAAGGUUAUGUACCGCACAGAUGGGCCCACCUCUGCACUGCACAAACUCACUGCGGAUUACGCCAUCAUCACUGCCUCAGCCAAGGCCACUCACCUCAUCACCUUCCAGCCACCUCUGUCCCGAGAGAAAACACAUGCCCUGCGCUCCGUUCAUUACACCAGUGCCACCAAGGUGGUUUUAGUGUGCAACGAACGCUUCUGGGAACAGGAUGGUAUCCGGGGCGGCUACUCCAUCACUGACCGACCCUCCCGCUUCAUUUACUAUCCCAGCCACAGCCUGCCAGGCGGCAAGGGAGUCCUGCUGGCCUCUUUCACUGUGGGUGAUGAUUCCUCCUUCUUUGCUGCCCUGAAGCCCAAGCAGGUGGUAGAUGUUGUGCUAGAUGACCUUGCGGCAGUGCACCGCAUACCCAAGGAGGAGCUAAAGCGCAUGUGCCCAAAGUCAGCGAUCAAGCACUGGUCUCUAGACCCCCUCACCAUUGGCGCCUUUACAGAGUUCACACCCUACCAAUUUGUAGACUAUUCGAAGCAGCUCUUCCAGCCAGAGGGCCGCAUCUACUUUGCUGGGGAGCAUACCUGCCUGCCUCACAGCUGGAUAGACACCGCCAUCAAGUCGGGCAUCCGGGCCUCCUGCAGCAUUCAGGCUGCAGUUGACAAGGAGGCCACUCAAGGACAGAUGGCUCUUUAGAGGCCCUUUGCCAACAAUCAGGAUGCCCCCACCACCACCAAAAACAAUCUGUGGGAGAGUCUACGAGAAUAAAUAGGCUAGAAGAUGAAAGGAAGCCGAGACCCAGGAGAGAAGUCACCACUGGUCCCUUGGUCUACAAGCAGAAGCCCAACUGGGAAGCUACAAGAGACAUCACCCCCUAUUCUGUCUCACUCCCUGUCUCUAUGGGAAACAGCAGGGAGUAGGGGGUAGCUGUCAAGGCUGGAGAAUUCUAGAAUCAGCCUUUAGCUUGAAGGAAAUUGUCUCCUGCUACAAAACAAUAACAAGCAAAAA